AUGACUGAAAUCACCCAUUCGACCAUCCAAGAUGGAUGGUUCCGCGAGAUCUCAGACAUGUGGCCCGGCCAGGCCAUGACUCUGAAGGUCAAGAAGGUUCUGCAUCACGAGAAGAGCAAGUACCAGGACGUCCUGAUCUUUGAGUCUACCGAUUACGGUACCGUCCUGGUCCUGGACAAUGUCAUCCAGUGCACUGAGCGGGAUGAGUUCUCCUACCAGGAGAUGAUCACCCACCUGGCCAUGAACUCGCACCCUGACCCCAAGAAGGUGCUGGUUAUUGGUGGCGGUGACGGCGGUGUCCUCCGCGAAGUCGUCAAGCACGAGGGCAUCGAGGAGGCAGUCCUGUGUGACAUUGACGAGGCCGUCAUUCGUCUCUCCAAGCAGUACCUCCCCGGCAUGGCUGCGGGUUACAACCACCCCAAGGUCAAGGUCCACGUCGGCGACGGCUUCAAGUUCUUGGACGACUACAAGAACACCUUCGACGUCAUCAUCACCGACUCUUCUGACCCAGAGGGCCCGGCUGAGAGCCUGUUCCAGAAGCCUUACUUCAAGCUGCUCCACGAUGCCCUGCGGGAUGGCGGCGUCAUCACUACGCAAGCUGAGAACCAAUGGCUCCACCUGCCUCUCAUCACCAACCUGAAGAAGGACUGCAAGGAGAUCUUCCCUGUUGCCGAGUACGCCUACACUACCAUCCCGACCUAUCCUUCGGGACAGAUUGGCUUCAUGGUCUGCUGCAAGGACCCCAACCGCAACGUCAAGGUGCCCGUUCGGUCCUGGACUCCUGAGGAGGAGGAGAAGUUGUGCAGAUACUACAACUCGGAGAUCCACAAGGCCUCCUUCAUUCUGCCCACAUUUGCUGCGAAAGCCCUGCAAUAA